AAGAUGCACGCACAAUCGUGGCAAGACAGGGCUGCGGCCAAGAGGGCCAGCAUCCUAGCCGAAAUCCCGGCCGAAUGGCGUCUGGCUCAGGCGGACAUCGACCGGGCCGAGAAGCAGAGAGUCCUCGUCGGCCCCUUUAUGGAGCAGCUCCUAGACCCCGAGACCGUCUCCAUCGUCAACCAGGACAGCGUUCCCCUGGUCGAGGCCAUCAAGAGUCGCGCCUACACCUCGGAGCAAGUCACGCGCGCCUUCUGCAAGACAGCUGCCGUAGCCCACCAGAUUGACCCGUGCCUCCUGGAGUUUUUCCCCGCGUCGGCCAUCGAGAGGGCCCAGGAGCUGGACCGGUACCUCGCCGAGAAUGGCCGCCCGAUGGGCCCCCUGCACGGCUUGCCUGUCAGUCUCAAGGACCAGUUCCACGUCAAGGGACUCGACACGACCAUGGGUUACGUCGGAUGGAUCGGUGGCAACCUCGGUUCCAAGGACCCGAGCGAGGCUCAUAAGCUAGAGAGUCUGCUCGUCACGGACCUUCUUGCUCUCGGAGCGGUCCUGUACUGCAAGACAAGUGUGCCUCAAACCCUGAUGAUCGGGGAGACCGUGAACAAUAUCCUCGGCCAGACAUUCAACCCCCACAAUCGACUGCUCUCUUCGGGAGGGUCUUCAGGUGGCGAGGGUGCCUUGAUGGCUCUCCGGGGGAGCACCAUCGGGCUCGGCACCGAUAUAGGUGGAUCCGUCCGCAUUCCGGCCGCCUUCUCUGGCAUAUUCUCCCUGAAGCCUACUCCGGAGAGGGUCUCCUAUCGCGGGAUGGCCAAUACUAACCCCGGACAGAACACGUAUCGGUCGACGGUCGGGCCCAUGGGCACCUCCAUCGAGGGUGUUGAGCUAAUGUUUAGGUCCCUGUUGACUACCGAACCGUGGCUCCGCGACCCGUCAGUCGUCCCCAUCCCCUUUCGACAGGACGUCAUGGACAGCUACUUGUCGAGAGCUGACAAGAACGGCACCGCAACGGACCGACCACUCAAAAUAGGUGUCUUGUGGACCAACAAUAUUGUCCAGCCCCACCCCCCGGUAUCGAGAGGUAUCAAGAUGCUAGUUGAUGCCAUCAGGAAGGCCGGACACAAGGUUGUCGACUGGAAUCCACCAAAUCAUGGACCCGCCUAUGAUACCCAUCUGUGGUUCAUCGGAGCGGAUGGCGGUGAUGACGUGCAUUCCCACCUCGCCCGGUCGGGAGAGCCCGUGAUACCGAUCGUUGCCCACGCGUAUGCCGUCCGCAGGGAAGCAGAGCCCUUGUUGGAGUACCAGAAGCGCACAGUGCAAGGCCUCGAGUAUGAAGCAGGGUAUUCUGAUUACUGGAACUCGACGGCUGAAGACGACGGACAAAUCGUCGACGCCGUCAUCAUGCCCGUCGCGGCCCACGCAGCUGUAAUCCCUGGGCAAUACUACGACAACCAUUAUGGAGAGGUGAUCAACCUGCUGAACUACAGCGCCGGCGUCAUCCCGAUCACCAAGGCCGAUAAAAAUGUCGACGUUCCGAACACGGCGUACCAGCCGAAGAGCAGCGUGGACAAGCUGAACUGGGAAUCUUACGACGCGGAGGUCUACGACGGCGCACCUGUUGGGCUGCAGAUUGUGGGGAGGAAGUUCGAAGAGGAAAAGAUCUUGGCUAUCAUGCAGAUCGUGUAUGCAGCUCUACAAAAAGCGUAAUCCACUCGGAUGAUGUAGAUGUGGAAUGUAAAGUAUCCACAGGCUCACAGCUUACAUGGUAUGGAUACCUCUAAAUGAUGCCCUGUUGGGAGUUGAACUUGGGGCAAGGAUGAUCAAUCUCGCUCUUCGGCUCGUUGCAAAGAAGUGCCUGGCUUGUUGCCGUUGUGCGAACUGGCCUGACCUGAGCUGACUCGCCAAGGGGUAACCCCAACUCGUUGACUUUGGUUGGGUUGAACUUUUGAAGACGCAGGAGUUGACGUGGUUGGCGAGUUUGACAAGCUUUUGUAGGCAGCAGGCGUGGUUGGGCGUCUGAUGACCAAAGUCGACAAAAGGGAUGAUUUUCAUAAAUCAUGCCAAGGUCCCAUUACCUGAUGCCAUUAAGUGCUAGCAUUCUUUUUACCAAGGAGCAUAGAACAAG